AUGGACAGUGCUUCAUACAAGCAAAUUACGACCAGCAGGUCGUAUAUGUACAGCUAUUAUAGAUCUGCACAUAAAGGGCCUAAGCAAGCGAUCGUUCUACUUCAUGGAUUUCCCGAGUAUUCAGAUAUGUGGGCGGAACCAGUUAAAGCCUUAGAAGCCCUCGGCUAUAAUUGCAUUGUUCCCGACUUACUGGGCUAUGGCGCAUCAUCUAAACCUGUCGAAGCGGAAGCUUAUAAUAGCGAAGGAUUGUCACAGGAUAUUGCCGACUUGCUUGAUAGUGAAGGCAUUGAUAAGGCUAUCGUGAUUGGCCAUGACUGGGGAAGUUACUUGGCUGGCCGGUUUGCCAACUGGCAGCCUUCGAGAAUCAUUGGACUUGUGCUGACAAGUGUUGCAUAUCAACCAUCAGCAAAAUUGGAACUCGAGAAAGCUAAUGCACGACUGAAGGCAACAAUUGGAUACGAACCGUUUGGAUAUUGGACAUGGAUAGCUUCUGCAGAGGCCCCCCGGACCUUGCAUGAUCAUGCGGAGUCAUUCUUUUCCUUGCUUUAUGCUCAAAAUGCUGACAUUUGGAAGACCGAAUUUACCCCGACUGGAAAACUCCAGGACUGGUUGCACCACGAUCGUACAGUAGAGGGAGCCAAAUUUAUAACACCUGAGAUUAAAGCUAGAACUAUACAAAAAUGGAAGGAGGAGGGAUUUGAUGGCAAGCUGGGUUGGUACCGAGCUAUGACUGAAAACGCCCAUUGGAAUCACGAACAGAAUCUUGCACCGGAGAAUUUCAGACUAGAUAUUCCUGUUUUAUUUAUUGGUGGCUUGCGUGAUGCUCCUGCACCAGCUGCACUUGGGGAUCUUGUCACCAAGCCUUUGUGUCAUGAUUAUACAGGAAAGGUUAUAGAUAGUGGGCAUUGGAUGCUGCGAGAGAAGCCUGAAGAAUGGCUGGAAACCGUCAAGAUCUGGUUGGAGGCAAAGUUUUAA